GGUAAAAUGCUGCUCGAGAGCGCGGCACAUGGGAGGGGAGGCGAGGGGGGGUAUGAGGGAUGGGACGUCCAUUUGUGGAAUAUACAUCUCGGAAGGAAAUAUUGCUAGUAGCAAUAUCAAGACUGAACAAGACAGGUGUAUUCCUUAAGAAAACUGUCGUUGAACUCUAUCUCAGUGGACAGACUGAAAUCGUAGCUUCGUUCACGUAGAUACCUUACCGGCUAAUGUAAAAAAAGGAGGUCUUAGCUCGGGUAUUCGAAACUGAAAUUUAUCUACAGGAAUAUUAGAGGUGCUUUCAUAGUGAAUCGCUCUCAGCCCACUGAAGGGACUAUUUUGUGGGGAAAAUUAAGACGUGGGUCGGACUAAAGACGGUGGCUGCUGAACGCGCGGCAUGCUACUACUGAACACUUUUCUGCUAGCCUGUCUCCUACAAAAGGGGCUGGCGUCAGCUGAGGAGGUGGACGUCGUUGAGGCCGUUCCAGGAACGGUGCAAGGGGUAGGUCCCUCGCAAGAGGGAGCUGAGACAGGGGACACCCAGUUACUCCAAGAGAGGGGUGACGACUCUGACCUGUCGGGAUCGGAUCAAAUAGCUCUGGAGUCGGGCGACCAAGAACUAGGAGGGAAGCAGCCGAAUCAUGGCUACUCUCCUCCGCAGAGAGGGCAUCCAGUACGAGGCGCUUCGGGACUCGGUCUUCCACCGCCUCAUUCAAUCGGGAAGCCAUUCGGAGGACCUCAUCAUGGAAAACAGCCUGUGUUCGAACACAGUCUGGAGUACCACGGUCCUCCACCACCUUUGCCUCAACAGAAACCACAGCCAGAGGCCAUGGAUAAAAUUUAUGGUGGUGGGGGUGUAGGGGGUGUUGGAGGCGAUGCGUGGCCAGCCCCGAUGCCGGAUAUGCCAAAGAUCGUGUCUUUGGAUGUGAAAUGCGAGAAGAAUUUGAUGAAAGUUUAUAUCGGAUUCGACAAACCUUUCUACGGUAUAGUGUUCAGUAAGGGGCAUUAUAGCAAUGUUAACUGUGUGCAUCUCCCGGCUGGAUUGGGACGAACUUCUGCGAACUUCGAUAUCAGCAUACACGCGUGCGGAACUUCUGGUAACACAGAGAACGGUCUCUACGGCUAUGGAGCAGAUUCAGGGUCUGGCACCUACUUCGAGAACAUUAUCGUCGUGCAGUACGAUCCUCAGGUACAAGAAGUGUGGGACCAGGCCCGGAAACUUCGCUGUACCUGGCAUGACCAGUACGAGAAAUCGGUGACGUUUCGACCGUUCCCAGUCGACAUGCUCGACGUCGUGAGGGCCGACUUUGCAGGAGAUAACGUCGGUUGCUGGAUGCAGAUACAGGUCGGCAAAGGACCUUGGGCCUCAGAGGUAUCCGGACUCGUCAAGAUCGGCCAGACAAUGACGAUGGUCCUUGCUAUUAAAGACGACGAUUCCAAGUUUGAUAUGCUUGUGCGCAACUGUAUGGCCCACGAUGGCAAACGAGCUCCGAUCCAGCUGGUGGACCAGAAGGGCUGCGUCACGAGGCCGAAAUUAAUGUCUCGAUUUACAAAAAUCAAGAACUUUGGCGCCAGUGCUUCAGUGUUGUCUUACGCUCAUUUCCAGGCGUUCAAGUUCCCGGACUCGAUGGAAGUUCACUUCCAGUGCACGAUUCAGAUUUGCAGAUACCAGUGCCCCGACCAAUGUUCGGAUCCUACGUCUCUCCUUCACGGCGGUCAAGGUCCGGACACGGGCUACGGCCCGCCACCUCCACCACCACUGCCUCUGGAGGCUUACCUCCACGCUGCGGCCGGAAGACCGAGAGACGAGCGGAGCGUCAGACGACAGCGCCGCGACACCUCGUCCGACCCCGAAAAGGAGGUCGGCGUGAACAGAGUGAUCCGCGUCGUCUCUACGGGUGACCUCACGUUCUCUCUGGAAGAUAACACCAACAGCAGCGCCCCCACCAUGGUGUUCCCGGGGCGAAGUGAGGACCCGCCAGUCUCGGGGCUCAUCUGCAUGACAACCCCUGGAUUCGCGGCAACCCUCGUCGUUCUACUCGCAAUCCUCAUCAUCUCCUGCCUCAUGUCGGCGUUUCUUUGCAUCCGAUUGCGACCAUUUGCAACUUCCAACAAGAACCUGGCUGCCUCUUUCAGUAAUCCUUCCCUCAACAAGAAGAAAUCUAAGAGCUGUUUCUAUUCGUAAUACAAGGAGUGCUGGUCUAACGAGUCGAUAGUGGCAGAGUGUUCAUGGAAUGAACAGGAGUAAGUUCAGGACGCCACUAAUGCCCGAGCACAGUUUUAUUGCAGGUUGUAUGUUUAGAUAUGCUACGCGUUACCCAGGUCGUCCAACUUCACAGUUAAGCCUUGGGAAUAACGCACGACGUUUCAGUGGUAUCAAAAUAUACUUGCAAGGAUAACUUAGAUGUCGGCACACUCACAAAAAGUGAAAAUGGAGCCUAUAGAAGAUGCUCGGAAUUUUGAAAAAAAAAUAUUCUAACGAAGGCAGUGGCCGUUUUUGAGAAGUUAAUAAAACUUAAUGUGCUCAUUUUUAACAAAUUAUUGUGUCAAAAUUAAAUCGUAUCAUUGUCAGAUACCCUCAUACGCCAGUAAGAAAAUUUAUUUAAUUUUUAUGGUCGUAUACAGUGUUUUGAAAGAAAAAUGUUAUUAAAAUUUUUGAGUAUUUUUUAUGCAGGCUUUAGAAAUAAGUGUUACUUGGAUUUAAUUAGAGGCCAUCUGAUAAUGAUCCCUAUCUAAAUACCUGAACAGGCUUAGUACAGGCUAACCUAACCUAACCUUAACCUAACCUAACCUUAACCUAACCCAACCUAACCUAACCCAAUCCAACCCAACCUAACCUAACCUAA